GAAGCCCAGCUCUGGGGUAGCACAACGGUCUUCAGGCUGCUGGAGACGCACACAGAAUCCCUCCACUGCCCCACUAGAGGAUAUCUGGACCAAGGUGCUACCAUGUCCCAGCUGGUGGAGUGUGUCCCCAACUUCUCAGAGGGGAACAACCAGGAGGUGAUCGACGCCAUCUCCCAAGCCAUCACCCAGACCCCAGGCUGUGCGCUUCUGGACGUGGAUGCGGGGCCCUCCACCAACCGCACAGUCUACACCUUCGUGGGGCAGCCCGAGUGCGUGGUUGAGGGAGCCCUCAGCGCGGCCCGCACAGCCUGGCGGCUCAUUGACAUGAGCAGACACAAGGGUGAGCACCCUCGCAUGGGCGCCCUGGACGUCUGCCCCUUCAUCCCAGUGAGGGGGGUCAGUAUGGACGAGUGUGUGCUCUGUGCCCAGGCCUUUGGCAGGAGGCUGGCAGAGGAGUUGCAGGUGCCAGUGUACCUGUACGGCGAGGCAGCACGGAUGGACAGCCGUCGAGCCCUGCCAGCCAUCCGGGCUGGCGAAUAUGAGGGUCUGCCUGAGAAGCUCAAGCAGCCAGAAUGGGCACCUGACUUCGGCCCCAGCUCCUUCAUCCCCAGCUGGGGGGCCACCGUCACAGGUGCUCGGAAGUUUCUCAUCGCAUUCAAUAUCAACCUGCUCAGCACCAAGGAGCAGGCCCACCGCAUUGCCCUCAACCUGAGGGAGCAGGGGCGAGGGAAGGACCAGCCAGGACGUUUGAAAAAGGUCCAGGGCAUCGGCUGGUACCUGGAGGAGAAGAACUUGGCGCAGGUGUCCACAAACCUCCUGGACUUUGAGGUCACCGCCCUGCACACCGUCUAUGAGGAGACCUGCAGAGAGGCACAGGAGCUGAGCCUGCCGGUGGUGGGCUCGCAGCUGGUGGGCCUGGUGCCCCUGAAGGCCUUGCUGGACGCUGCGGCCUUCUACUGCCACAAGGAGAACCUGUUUGUGCUGGAGGAGGAGCAGCGUAUCAGGCUGGUGAUACACAGGCUGGGCUUGGACUCCCUUACACCCUUCAACCCCAAGGACAGGAUCAUCGAGUACCUGGUCCCUGAGGGUCCCCAGGAGCGGAGCCUGCUGGACCAGUCCCUGCGCGCCUUCGUCCGAGAGGUGGGCGCCCGCUCGGCGGCGCCCGGGGGCGGCUCGGUGGCAGCGGCUGCGGCGGCAAUGGGCGCGGCGCUGGGCUCCAUGGUGGCCCGGAUGACCUACGGGCGGCGGCGGUUCGAGCACCUGGACCCCGCGAUGCGGCGCCUGAUCCCCGCCUUCCACGAGGCCUCUGCGCGCCUGGCUGCGCUGGUGGACGCGGACGCCCGGGCCUUCGCGGGCUGCCUGGAGGCAAUGAAGCUGCCCAGGAACACACCGGAGGAGAGGAGCAGGCAGGCGGACGCCCUGCAGGAGGGGCUGAGGCAGGCGGUGGCUGUGCCACUGGCCCUGGCAGAGACAGUGUCAUCGCUGUGGCCUGUGCUUCAGGAGUUGGCCCUGUGGAACCUGGCCUGCCUGUCAGAUCUGCAGGUAGCAGCCAAAGCCUUGGAGAUGGGUGUGUUUGGUGCAUACUUCAAUGUGCUUAUCAACCUGAAGGAUGUGACAGAUGGCAUGUUUAAGGACCAGAUUCGCCAACGUGUUUCCAGUCUCCUGCAGGAAGCCAAGACCCAGGCGGCAGUGGUGCUGGACAGCCUGGAGGCACGUCGGGAGUGACCGUGGAAGAUGUCCCCAGAUGCUGCAGCCCCACCACCCGCAGGCCCAGGCUUCAGCUCGUCAUGGGCUUGGGUCAGAGACACCAGGC